UAGGCAUAUCACCACGGGGACUAGCAGUCAUACCGCGUAAUUUGGAGUCGCAGAGCAUCAACCAGUCAUUGCGCUUCUUCUUCUCAGAUUGAAGCCCUCAUGCAGCCACCUAUUUCGGAUUAUUAUUUUAAUCACAAACAUCAUGUAAAAGAAAAUGAGACAACGAGAAAAUGAACUGGAUCGUCAUUUCGAUCAAUUGUCAACAUUUGAAGAUCUGGAUGUUGUUGAAAAUAUGUCUUUCGCCAAUAUAGCAUACGGCUGGAUCCAAUAAGAAUUUUAACGCGUCAGAAACGUGUGCGAUUGGGGGACCAGAGAGGACUCGGAACUUCAUACGGAGUCUUUUUUUAAAAUGGUGCUGUUACGGUUGUUGUACAAGGUGAUGGUAAACUAUCUUGUUCUUAUGUUCAGUUUGGCGUUGAUCUCUGAGUUUGUGGGAGCUCAGAAUGACACGGAGCCUGUAGUCCUGGAGGGCAAAUGUCUUGUGGUUUGCGACUCUAAUCCGACUACGGAUUGGAAGGGCUCGUCCUCUCCUCUUGGCAUUUCGGUACGUGCGGCAAACUCCAAGGUCGCUUUUUCUGCGGUCCGGAGCAACAAUCACGAACCGUCGGAGAUGAGCAAUAAAACAAGAAUCAUAUACUUCGACCAAGUUCUUGUGAAUAUAGGGAACUAUUUCACAUUGGAAUCAGUGUUUUUGUCACCCAGAAAAGGGAUCUACAGUUUUAAUUUUCAUGUUAUAAAAGUGUACCAGAGCCAGACUAUACAGGUGAACUUAAUGUUGAAUGGUAAACCUGUCAUCUCAGCUUUUGCGGGUGACAAAGACGUAACUCGAGAGGCAGCCACCAAUGGAGUUCUGCUCUUUUUGGAUAAAGAGGACAAGGUCUACCUUAAACUGGAAAAGGGGAAUCUAGUUGGCGGAUGGCAAUACUCUACGUUCUCUGGUUUCCUUGUUUUCUCUCUGUAAAAAGAAAGAAAACCUCACCAUUCAAAUGACUUUAUCAACAAUGUGUUGUUACUGUAUAAUUAAAACAUUUCUACAUCAGUUGGAUCUAGCCAAAGGAUGGAUGAUAUUAUGUUCCGUGGUCAAGGAUUGCUACAGAGAGAAGAAAAGCGACAUUGGAAAGAGUUGAUGUUUGAUAGAAAUGGGAAUCCCUCUACAAAUGCAAUACUGCUCCAGAAAAUGCCAUAGUACAGCUCAUUGCUAUGCUCAUGUUACUUGACAACUUCAACAGAGGAACAACACUUCACAACAAUCCUUGCCUCACAAACUUAACAGUCCCAGAAUAUGUUUAGCAUCUUUUAAAAAGUUUACAUGACAGGCCUUUUUAAGUCACCAUGCCUCUUUUUGGGAUGUCUUUCCUAUGGGGGAAAUGGAUUUGUUUUUCUUGGCAAGUGUGGCAUGUGUGAUAUUACAAUGCCGAAUUCAGAGCAAAGUCUAUCUUCCAACUAUGAAAUGACCCCCUCCUUGCGUGUACAGUCACACACGCUCUCUGUAGAAGUGAUAACUAGUGUCACACUUGUCUUCAUUUGGAGGGUGUCAUUCUAACACCAGGAUUAACUUGUGAAAUGAGUCUGACAAUGCAGGUGUUGAAUUAAUAAUUGAAUGCACCUUUAAAUAAGACCAGGUAGAUUUUAAUCAGAUAAAUUGAACAGUCAAGGAUAAACGCUCUGGGAAAGUAGACAUAACCAGAAAGUUAGAAAAUGUUUGAGUACACCAGACAAAUCCUGUCUCGUCUGAUGAAACAAAAAGUUGUGAUUGCAUAGGACUGCAUCAGAGAAGCAGGUCAUUGCAAAUAUCAACAGCACAAGUUUAUUUUGUCUGGCCAUUCUCAUUACAAGAAGAGAUCUGGCUAUUAAAUAACCAUAUGUCUAAACAGAUGUUGUAAUAUUGUCAUUGAACUGAGAAGUAGUGGAGGCUCAAGUUAAUGCUCAAGAUUUGGACACUGCAGUAGGUCUGGCCUUUUGACGUCACCAUUGACCUCCCUCCCUGUCAUGUGUUGGUUAGAACUUUGACCUUAGAUGGGUACAUCAGUGGAGGCACAUGUUAUACUUCGUUGAAGAGAUCACGAUUGUAUACUGUAUGUUAGCAUUUGAUUUUAUGCACAAUACUUUCUUUAUUCAUUUAAUAUUUACGCAUUGGUUUAUUCGUAAUAGUUUGUUUGAUUUAAAUGCUUAUUUGAAUGAACCGAUUUGGCAUUUACAGCCAAUGAUUUCAAUUUGCUAUGUCGUCAAUGACUGCCACAUAGCCUGUAGCACCUGCAACCCAUGUGAAAUUCUUUCUUACCAUUUGUUUACAGUGCAUUUUUACAAUAUUCCUUUUAUUUUUUUUUCAAUAUCUUAAAUAAUUGGGAGAUUUGAGGGAUAAUUAUUUGAUCCAAUCUAUCAACAGAUGAAAUGUAAAGAAAUAAGGUGUGUGAAAUGUGAAUAAUGUAGAUAGUUCCAUAAGACUAACCAUUUUCCACACAAACUUAAUCUCACUCACCUUCUCUAACCUUUCCCCCUGAAAUACACGUAGGGAAAGUGUCCUGUUGGCCAUUUUGCAUUGAUAGAGCAGCUGUUGUGUUCACUCUUAAACUUAUGUAAUUGUAUGGUCAACAAAAACCUUUCCUGAGUAAAUAUAAUGUCACUACAUUAUUUAUUGAUUUAUAUUAUCUAAACUCAGAAUGGUUUGAUUUUCUCAUAACAUAUUCCUGAGUUGACAAUUGCUUUUUGUGCAUAUACUGUAACUAUCAUGGUUGUGAGAAUAUAUGUUUUGUCUGUGAAUGUUAUGCCUCUGUGGAUCUCAAAAGUGUGUCAUUAGAGAAAUGAAUGGUUUGCUUAUUUCACAAUUCCUCGGCUGGCAACUCAAGUCACUUUAAUGUUGGUGCGCAUACUGUAGGCCUACUGUGCGAUCGUUGUAGGCACAGCUCCCAAAUUAACAUGCUUUACUACUGGAUUCCUUUCUUUCAAGACAUGAAUGAUGACCCCAACUCCCACCAAGAAACAACACCUUGGAGGGUAGCUAUACAGUAAACGUGUAUUACAUUAACCAGAUAUGCGACAUCUCAUUUGUGAAAUAAAAAUGUUAUAAUGGACUGAAUACUUUAACUUGGCCUCAUUAUGGACGCUGGAGAAGAAUACAACUCAGUAUUGUAUUUCAAAUUAAUGAUUGCACAGAAUGCAAAAAAUAAUAAUAUAUAUAUAUAUAUAUAGACAAUUGUAACAAUUGCAAACAUAUAUAUACAUAUAUAUAUAUAUAUAUAUAUAUAUAUAUAUAUAUAUAUGUUUACAAUUGUCUGUUGUGGCUUCUAUAAUGUGACAAGUAUUGAGUAACUCAAAUUAAGUAUGACUGAUUUUAAUUGAAAGUAUUCUUGAUUUGCAAUAUAUGAUCUAUCCCUUACAAUUGAGAAUCUAACUCCCCUUCACUUGAUUGAGAGACAAUUUACCCUAACAAUUUAUACUUAUGUCAACGGAUGGGAACGAAACCCAAACUAGCAAAGCGAAUUAUAUUCUAUAAUAGCAGCCUGGUUAUUAGGCAUGCAUCAAUCCAAUAUGAUGCUUUUUUUCAACAAAGAUCCACCAUUUCCUGAUGGUUCAUGCACUGUGGUUGUAUAUAUAACCCCGAAUAGGUUUUGUUUAUGGAUAGAAGAAGAAUUCAACAUACCACAUGAAGCUAUGUAAUCAAUGUAACAAACCAUUGGUACAGAUAUGUGUUCAAAAACAUGGAUGGAUUAUUGUUGAGAUUUCCAAGAGCCUUAUCAUGCAGGCAUAUUGUAUUACUUUCAAAUUAAAUCUGUGUUGAAUUGUG